CGAGCCUACACGGGGAGGCUUCCUACUUCCGAGGACGCAAUUGGUCCUUCCGGUCACUGCGUCGGAAGUAUGUUACAUGCGCGUCCAGGCUCAAUGCGCUGCUACCACCAGACCAGCCCGUCCAUGCGUGAAAGAGGGGGAUCAGAAGGCCAACGGUGUGUCCAUCUAUAAUAGAUAUCGCCGCGGCUCCUCUAAAAGCCGCGUGCUAGCGCGAGUGAGUAUAAAAUUUGUCCCCGUGGCUUCCCCAUCUUCCCCAGGUUUGCUUUGAACCUUUUCUUCUGCUGCGCUUCUUAUAACUGCGUUGUACGACUCGACAAAGAUCAUACCAUACCUCCAUAGUAAUCGUCCCCAUCCCCAGCGCGUUGCAAAGAACGAUGGACAGCAAGGAUAUGGAGAACGGGCGCGUCGGCCAGGUCACCCCGCCGAACGAUAUGGGCGAUCUUCGUCAAAUGUUGACAAGCAAAAGCAUCACCGACGAGCAAUUCGAACGUCUCUUCCUCUCGCCUCGCAACGUCAGAGCCGCUCCUCUCAAAGGCUUUGCCAAUCCCACCCCCUUGGCCGUCAUGGGCUUCGCCACCGCUCUGACACCCCUCAGUGCACAACUCAUGGGCUGGAGAGGCUCGGGGGGAGCUGCACAAGCAAGUGUGGGAGCUUCUCUCACCUUCGGAGGCGGUCUGCUCAUUCUGGCUGGAAUAGGCGAAUUCUUGCUCGGAAAUACGUUUCCUUUCCUCGUCUUCAUGGGCUACGGAUGUCACUUUUUGACUUUCGCCAUCACAUUCAUCCCAUUCUUCAAUGCCGUCUCGGCGUAUACAUCGGGGAGUCCGUAUCUGGGAGAGAUGAAUCAGGAACAAACGGCGGGAUUCGCGAACAGUUUUGGCUUCUACCCCAUGUCCCUCGCCAUGCUCUCCCUCGUGUUCCUCCUCUGCUCCCUUCGCACCAACCUCAUCUUCUUCCUCAUCUUCGUGGCCGCCACCAUUGGCUUCAGCUUCGCAUCCGCAAGUUUCUGGUUCGCGGGAAUCGGACAGAUGGCCAAUUCUGCGAAAUUCCUCGUCGCUACAGGCGCGUGCUUUUGGACGUGUGCCAUGUUGGGGUGGUAUUUGUUGUUGGCAAUUAUGAUCCCGACCAUGGAGUUGCCGAUUCCGACGCCUCCCGUCGUGGAUUUGAGUCAGAUCAUCAAGGCGAAGCCGCCGAAGGCGCAGGUAUAGAAGAGAUAGACAAGGGGCAGUUAUUGUUCUCUCCGAGGGCUUGGCAAGAACAGGCGAUCAUAGUUAACAUGAAAUGAAGCUUGUUAUUACUAUCGUCCUGACGACGCCUCAAUAGAAUAAUUUGAUGCCACUGUGUCAACAGUUUUCUGAUAGUAGCAGAUCCAUCUUAGAUCUUGGACAGUGCUCACCGCAACAUUUUACCUGUUCGCCAUGCUCGUCAAUGGUCUCGGAUGAACAAAUGACAACUUCCGCGUCGAUCGGAGUUCUUCCUGCCCAUUGAGGAGACGGGACUCAGGAGGCAAAAGGCGGGAAUUAAUCUUGCCAGGUGAUCGGCCAAGCAGGCAGGUCUCGUUAUUCCCGGUCGUCACGCUUUAGCGUGUCUGGGAGUCCGAUCCCUUUGCGGAUACUGCCGUGUUGUUGUUUCUUGGCUUGAACCCGCCAUCAAG